UGUAUCUCCGCUUCUUCUUCUUCUUCUUCAAUUGCCCUAAUAAGCCCUAAUGGAGGGAACCGAAGAUGCGGCCCAAACCCUAGACGAGGAGCUUCGAUCGCUCCUCCUCCCCGACCCACGAGAUCUCCCCCCAAUUCCCCCUUCCUCCGUGGAAUCCAAUUUCGCUCGUUACUUCGCCCCAGAUUUGUUAAAGCCCGGACAUGAUCAGUACGUCUAUCGCCACGCCAAUGGUUUAUGUGUGAUUGGUUUGGCCCCGACCCACAUUGCAUUGAAGGAGGAAGGAGGGGUAACAGCUGUGGAUUUCAAUGUGGGGAAAUCGGAUCGGAGUGAGAUGAAGGUCACGGGAAAGCGUAAAAGGAAUGCGCAGCACUUUGAAUCGAACACAGCCCUCUGUAAAGUUUGUGCAAAUGGUACAUUCUAUGUUGUGAGGUGCUGUGUGAAAGGUUCUCUUUUGGAGGUCAACAAUCGGUUGAUUAAGCAACCCGACCUGCUUAACUCUUCUGCAGAUAGAGAAGGAUACAUAGCAAUAAUCAUGCCCAAACCAUCAGAUUGGCUUAAGAUCAAGGACUCGUUAUUGAGCUACGAAGAGUAUAACAAGUUGAGAGGGCUUUGCUGAUUCAUUGAAUUUUAGGGCAGUUUCUUGAAGUCAAACUGGAGAUCAGCAUCACGGUAGGAACUCGGCGGCGACUUUUACUCGCUGUCCUUCUUACCAUGUUGUAGGCUUUGGGUUUGGAGGUUGGGUGACAAUUGUUGCUGUUAUUUAUCCGAACACCGCAAAACUCGCGAGCAAGCAAUCUUCUGAUGCUGCAUAAGGAGGAUACCUUUCACCAGGCUCAUCAGCUAAAAUAACUCAAUGGUUCGACUUCCGAUUCAUCGUAAAGGCGAGGUGUACAAGAACAGUUUGUGUUGCCUAAUUAACAUUUAGGUGUUCUGUGUACUUCUAGAAAUAAGCUUUAUUUGCUUUGAAAACAUGAUGCUGAUUUUCAUGUUUUCAAACUGGAAAAUAAAUGACCUGAUGUUUCAUAAAUCCAUCUGUGUUGGUUCUGCCCUGUUAAUGCUUAGUUUGUGUUCUUUCCUCUGAA